UAUAUAAAGCGACGGGCGCCACCGUCACACUUCGUAUCAUUACCUCCGUAACGCGUACCACUGUUCCCCACGAAUUACGAAUCUUCCUUGUUUGAGAAGAGCCAACGGUAUCGAGUCACUGAGCAUAAUCGUUUGUUGCAGAAAUUGCAUAAUUAUGAUGACCAGCCGCUACUAUGCCGGUACUCUUGUCCUUUUUGUCGUCCUGGGAAUCGCGUUGGCUUCUGAAACCUACAUGGAUUAUCCGGAUGAUGCUGCAGCGAGGUCCGCAGAAAAUAUUCACGAACUUUAUAAAAUCUUGUUGCGACAUAAUGCUCUGGACAACGGCGGGAUCGCUGCACUCCCUUUCGAACAUCUAAUGAUUCGUAAAUCUCAACGUUCACCUUCACUUCGCUUGCGAUUUGGUCGAUCCGGUCCUCUUGUCUCGGCGGGCGUAUUGCGAAGAUCUGCACUGGAUGCUGCAAAUUACGAAGACAACUGAAAGGCCCUUCAAAUAAUUUUCAUAAUCGGAUGUGGCUUUCUUUCUAUAAAUUAUACGCAUAAUAUUAGUCCAAAUGAUGUAUACGCAUUGUUUUUGUGUCAGAGGUAUAUUUGAUGUCCGCGUAGCAGGAAAUUUAAUUAACAAUAACUAGGAAUUACAUAUUGAGGUUAUAUUGAAGUAAAACAGUAAUAUACAGUAUGACGGAAGGCGUUUGGCCUAAACGGUAUCAGGUCAUAUUAAAUAACAGUGAAGAAAAAUGAACCAGUGUCUUUUUACGAUAGCGUUUAUUUAACUGAUAUAUUUUUUAUGACAAAUUUCUGUUCAGCUCACCGUCUUUUAUUGUGUUAUUAAUAAAUGUGCCAAAUAUUGCCAUCCCAGCAUUACAAA